UCGAACAAUGCCUGAUGAGUGGACUAAAGUCCUCCUUGGCCUUGGUGAAGCCCUCUUCUUUUCUCUUCAGAGGUUUCUCAAACCUGUGCCUCCAAGAUGAAAGCUCAGGAGGACCCCGGGAGCCCAAAGCAGCAUGAGGUCCUGGACUCAGCAGAGACUUCCAGCAGGGACCAGCAGGCAUCUUUGCCCACGGAGCCCAAGUUUGACAUGCUGUACAAGAUUGAGGACGUGCCACCCUGGUACCUGUGCAUCCUGCUGGGCUUCCAGCAUUACCUCACAUGCUUCAGUGGCACCAUCGCCGUGCCCUUCCUCCUGGCGGAGGCGCUGUGUGUGGGCCGUGACCAGCACAUGGUCAGUCAGCUCAUUGGUACCAUCUUCACCUGCGUGGGUAUCACCACUCUCAUCCAGACUACAGUGGGCAUCCGGCUGCCACUGUUCCAGGCCAGUGCCUUUGCCUUUCUGGUUCCGGCCAAGUCUAUCCUGGCCUUGGAGAGGUGGAAGUGUCCUCCAGAAGAGGAGAUCUAUGGUAACUGGAGUAUGCCCCUGAACACCUCUCAUAUCUGGCAUCCUCGGAUUCGGGAGGUCCAGGGUGCAAUCAUGGUAUCCAGCACGGUGGAGGUGCUGAUUGGGCUAAUGGGGCUGCCUGGGGCCCUGCUCAGCUACAUUGGACCUCUCACAGUCACCCCUACUGUUUCCCUUAUUGGCCUCUCUGUUUUCCAAGCUGCUGGUGACCGAGCUGGCUCCCAUUGGGGCAUUUCGGCUUGCUCCAUUCUACUGAUCGUUCUGUUCUCCCAGUAUCUACGCAACCUCACCUUCCUGCUGCCUGUUUACCGAUGGGGCAAGGGUCUCACUCUCUUCCGCAUCCAGAUCUUUAAGAUGUUUCCGAUCGUGCUGGCCAUAAUGACCGUGUGGCUGCUCUGCUAUGUGCUGACCCUGACAGACGUGCUGCCUGCAGAUCCCACAGUCUAUGGCUUCCAGGCUCGAACUGAUGCCCGAGGGGACAUCAUGGCUAUCUCUCCCUGGAUCCGAAUCCCCUACCCAUGUCAGUGGGGGCUACCCACAGUGACUGUGGCAGCAGUUCUGGGGAUGUUCAGUGCCACACUGGCAGGCAUCAUUGAGUCCAUUGGUGAUUACUACGCCUGUGCCCGGUUGGCUGGAGCACCACCCCCUCCAGUACAUGCUAUCAACAGGGGGAUUUUCACUGAAGGCAUCUGCUGCAUUAUCGCUGGGCUACUGGGCACAGGCAACGGGUCCACCUCAUCCAGCCCCAACAUUGGGGUCCUAGGGAUUACCAAGGUGGGCAGCCGAAGAGUCGUGCAGUACGGUGCAGGUAUCAUGCUAAUCCUCGGUGCCAUUGGCAAAUUCACAGCUCUCUUCGCCUCGCUGCCAGACCCCAUCCUGGGAGGAAUGUUUUGCACUCUUUUUGGUAUGAUCACCGCUGUGGGAUUGUCCAAUCUGCAGUUUGUGGACAUGAACUCCUCCCGCAACCUCUUUGUACUGGGAUUCUCCAUGUUCUUUGGCCUCACACUACCCAACUACCUGGAUUCUAAUCCUGGUGCUAUCAACACAGGCAUUCCUGAAGUGGAUCAGAUCCUAACUGUGCUGCUGACCACAGAGAUGUUUGUUGGUGGGUGCCUUGCUUUCAUACUGGACAACACAGUGCCAGGGAGCCCAGAAGAAAGAGGCCUGAUACAGUGGAAAGCUGGAGCCCACGCCAACAGUGAGACCUCGGCCAGUCUCAAGAGCUAUGAUUUCCCCUUUGGGAUGGGCAUGGUAAAAAGGACCACCUUUUUCAGAUACGUCCCCAUCUGCCCAGUCUUCAGAGGAUUUUCUAAAAAGACAGAAAAUCAACCUCCAGUUCUAGAAGACACUCCAGACAAUAUAGAACCUGGGUCUGUGUGUACCAAGGUCUGACACUACCUCUAUGAAAGGAGGCACUGUGUGUAACAGGAAAAGAAAACUACACGGGAGACAGAAGACGUGAGGUGGAGAUCUCAGCUCUACCUACUCCAAAUUCCCAUGGAAGCUUGUGACCCCAUUUCCGCGUCAGCCCAAGUCUCCAGAGCCCUGCACUACAUUCCUCCGUCUCCUCACUUCCUCUUUCCUAAGCAUGUGGUCAAUGGAGAGGAAGAGCUGGAGAUCCUCUACACUGAGAGUUGAUAAAGAAGAAACCGGAGAGAUUCCAGGGGUAGAUGUAGACAUGAAGAUAGGAUUAAAACAAAAAACAAGCCAACCAGCCAAACCAACCCCCCCCAAAAAAAAACCCCAGAAUUUAAUUCUAAUGCUUUAUGUUUUAAGACUAAAUGUUUAUGUUUUAAGACUAAAACAUAAUAUUAAAUAACAUAUUGGACCAAUGAUUUAGAUAGUGUUAGAUAAGUAUUCUCCCUUCACACAGGGGAAAUAAAUCUGUACUUUUAGACUAACCUAGUAAUAAAAAUGUCUACUUAGAAUGUUCUAGGCCUGAGCUUGACCUUCAACAUUAAAUAUACAGAAAUUAAAAACCCUUAAGAGGAAGAGAAACAAGCAUGGUUUAAUUGUUUAAAAAAAAAAAAAGCAGAUGGUUUAAUUGUUUAAAAAAAAAAAAGCAGAAUUCUUGAAUAUAUAAUCUUCUGGAAGCUAGAGAAGUCUAAAAACGAAUUAAAGCAAUCUUGAUAGAUUGAGUAGAUUGUCAAUAGAUUGAGUCAAACAA